GAGUCCGCUCGGGACUCCAGUCCGAGUGCACCGUGUUUGAGGUAGGCGGCUCGGCGUCUUCCGCGGCCGGGCUGGCCCGGGUCCCUCUGAAAGAGCAGGCAGGACCCUCGACGUGAGUGGGCGCUCUUCGGUGUGUCGGGGCGGCCCGCGGGUCUGCGUGGGAGGCGGCGCGGCAGCGUGAGAGGUGCCGGGGCCUGGGCCCGUGGCGAUUCCCUGUUCCGUCUUACGCGGGUAGACAGCGCCCGCCAGUCAUUCCCCUUGUCUCGGCUAACCCUGCGAAUAUACCGAGCGGCCCACCCUGGGGCAAGAGCAUCCUUGCUUGUGUUAUCUGAAACCUUGGCAGAAUCUGCAACAAAUACUGACGGCCAAAAAAUUAUAUAUAUAUAUUGGAUUUGUUGGAGUAAUGGCCUUAUUCAGGAUGCUGUGUCGGCUGCUCCUUUGUGAAUGUCUGUUGCUGAUAACGGGUUAUGCUCAUGAUGACGACUGGAUUGACCCAACAGAUAUGCUUAACUAUGACGCUGCUUCAGGAACGAUGAGGAAAUCUCAGGUGAGGUCUGGAACAUCAGAGAAGAAGGAAGUGAGCCCUGACUCGUCAGAAGCCGAGGAACUGUCAGACUGUUUGCACAGACUGGAUUCUUUAACUCACAAGGUUGAUAGUUGUGAAAAGAAGAAAAUGAAAGAUUAUGAAAGUCAAAGUAAUCCUGUUUUCAGGAGAUAUCUAAAUAAGAUUUUAAUUGAAGCUGGCAAGCUUGGACUCCCUGAUGAGAACAAAGUAGAGAUGCGUUACGAUGCUGAGAUUCUCCUGAGCAGACAGACACUGUUGGAGAUUCAGAAGUUCCUCAGCGGAGAGGAGUGGAAGCCCGGAGCCCUGGACGACGCACUAAGUGACAUUUUAAUCAAUUUUAAGUGCCAUGAUUCAGAAGCAUGGAAGUGGCAGUUUGAAGAUUAUUUUGGAGUAGAUCCAUAUAAUGUGUUUAUGGUUCUCUUGUGUCUGCUCUGCCUUGUGGUGCUGGUGGCUACAGAGCUGUGGACUUAUGUUCGCUGGUACACACAGAUGAAACGGAUUUUCAUCAUCAGCUUUCUCUUGAGUUUAGCAUGGAAUUGGAUAUAUCUGUAUAAGAUGGCUUUUGCUCAGCAUCAGGCUAACAUUGCUGGGAUGGAGCCUUUCGACAAUUUAUGUGCUAAGAAGAUGGAUUGGACUGGAAGUCUCUGGGAAUGGUUUACAAGUUCAUGGACCUAUAAGGAUGACCCAUGCCAAAAGUACUAUGAGCUCCUAAUAGUCAACCCUAUUUGGUUGGUUCCACCAACAAAGGCUCUGGCGAUUACAUUCACUAACUUUGUAACGGAACCAUUAAAGCACAUUGGAAAAGGAGCAGGUGAAUUCAUUAAAGCGCUCAUGAAGGAGAUUCCAGUGUUACUUCAGAUUCCGGUGCUGGCGAUCCUGGCGCUGGCUGUCCUGAGCUUCUGCUAUGGUGCUGGAAGGUCAGUUCCUAUGCUGAGACACUUCGGUGGUCCUGACAGAGAACCUCCCCGAGCACUUGAGCCAGAUGACAGAAGACGACAGAAGGGACUUGACUAUAGACUCCAUGGUGGAGCAGGUGAUGCAGAUUUCUCUUACAGGGGCCCAGCUGGCUCCAUCGAGCAAGGCCCUUAUGACAAAAUGCAUGCGAGUAAGAGAGAUGCUUUGAGACAGAGAUUUCACUCUGGCAACAAGAGCCCUGAAGUGCUCCGGGCAUUUGACUUACCUGACACAGAGGCACAAGAACAUCCAGAAGUGGUCCCCAGCCAUAAAUCACCCAUUAUGAACACAAACCUUGAGACUGGUGAACUCCCAGGAGAAAGCACCCCGACAGAAUACAGCCAGUCUGCCAAGGAUGUCUCUGGCCAAGUUCCCAGCGCUGGCAAAAGCUCACCCACAGUGGACAAGGCCCAGCUGAAGACAGACUCCGAGUGCAGCCCACCAGGAGGCUGCCCACCCAGCAAGGAAGCUGCAGUGGCAGCACACGGGACUGAACCUGUCAGCAGCCCAUGUGGCUAAAGAACAAUGCACAGAGCAACCACAGCUCCAGCCAUCUUUGAAGUCUGUAUUGACUCUUCAUCCUUCCUUACAAAUUUACUACAAAGCUGCCAACUUUAAAUUAGUAAUUUUACAGACCAUCAGAGUACCUCUUAGCUGUUAGGAUAUAGCUCAUAUUUUAGAACAAGGUUUUAUAAAAUUUACAUUUUUAAGUUACUGCUUUAGCAGAUAGACACCAUUAAGUGAGCUGAUACUAUCAGGCGUUUAACUAACAUUAAAUGUUUCUUUGGCUACACUGCUACAUGACAGCUAGCAAAGCAGGAGCCAACUGAUCAAAGUGUGUUGGCUGACAGAAGUCCUCUGAAACCUAGUUUACUAACAGGGUAUUUAAUGCAGGCUGGGUCUGCUGCUGCCACAGAGUCAGGCACCUGUGUUUUUAUGUAGGCUACCUGCAGAACGACGUGACUUUCUGGUUAUGGGGCCUGUCUCCUUGUCAUCCAUUCUACAUUAGGUCUUACUAAGACAAGCCUGGAUGGUCUGGUUCUAGCGAUACUUGAGUUUCACACUUUGUCAGUGACUGUGGGAAUGGCUUUAUUCUCUACCAUGUAGUACCAGAUUUAGAAAGCCCCAUUUUCAUGUUUGGAAUCGUGCAGUUGCUUUGAUGCUAUUCAGUUUACUAUACUGUCUUGGCUAAAUGUAAUUCUGGUUUUCAGAGAGGUGUAGAUAGAGAACAAGAUGUAUUAACAUUUUUGAGUCAACAUUAUGUUGGUGAUUUUAAAGUGCAUUCUCCAUUUUAUACCUUUAAAAAAGCAAUUUAUGUAUUUUGUACACGUCCUAGCUAGCACUCUUUCUGUGCACGCAGGUGUCCUUUGUUGUUGCAACCAUAUCUACACUGCACAUUUUAUUCAGAUGAGACCGCUCAAGAAUUAAGUCUUGAAAUUAAUUACCAGGCAGGCUGCUUCAACAAGGACAUUUUGUCUGAACAGUUGAUUUUUGAUUUCUUUCUACAAAUGUGUGAUCCUCCUUUUUUUUCCUACCUCAGUAUCUGAAAAACCAACUUUAUAUGCCAAUAUAACUUUCUUGUUUAUCAUUGUAAA